AUGGGAAUUAUGGAGAAGAACAAAAUCCUGUUGUUCGGUGUCAGCGAUUUGUUUACUGAAGAAACGCUUGAGCAUAUUCUACGUAAAGUAUCUUGUGAGAAAAAAGUCGAAAUACUAAGCUGGAACUUUGGCGACGGAAGUAGCAAGGGUGAUGCCUACUUAUCGGUCGUCAAUAGAAUCAAAGUGAAGGGCAUCGCAGGUAGAAGUCCAACUGAAAUAUCACUGGUCGUUAAAUCAAUGCCAAGGAAUUUGGGCAGAAGGAAAAUGUUGAGAAGUACAGACUUCUUUCGCAACGAAAUCACCUUUCAUCUUGAGAUAUACCCAAAGUUUCAAAACUUCCUGAAAUCUAAGGAUAUGAGUGAUUUCAUCAUUUUACCUCGUUGGUUGGCUGCUGUAACGGACGGAUUAAAAGAUUUCCUUGUUAUGGAAGAUGUUAGCAUUAUCGGAUUUAGCCCAGUAACUCGUCAAAAAACUUUAAAUCUAUCGCAAUGCAGUCUAAUUCUGAAAGCUCUAGCCAGAUUUCAGGCAGUCUCGUUUGCCUACAAAGAUCAAAGAAAAAGAGUUUCAAAAACUAGCAGAUCAGCUAUCAGAGAGUUAUAUUACUUCAAAAUUAUACAAUUGGUACAAAGCUUACCAAGUUAGUACCCACCUUACCUAUUCACCACUUUAUCAAUUUAUCCAAUUAUGUA